AUGCGCGAGAGCGCGCCCUCCGCAGACAGGUUGAGCGAGCGGGAGAGGCCCGGGGCACGUGCAGAAGGGAGCCCCGCGAGUGGCGCGCCGGGGAUGUGAGUGCCCCUUGCCCUCUACUGCAUCCAGCCCCCUCCCCGCCCACCGCCUCCGUCCUUGCAUAGAUACAGUCAUCUGGCCAGCCUCCGCCCCUCCUCCCGGCCUCAGCCUGCCAGAGAGGCCGCGCGGGGCUCGGGCUUCGGCCGAUCAGCCAGGAGGCCCCGCUGCGCCCCCUCGGCCCGCGCGCCCGUGGCCACAGCGGAAGAGACGCCCGCGCUGCGCUGUCCGGAGGGGCCGUCGCGCGCCCGCUUCCUGUUCGGCUGGUUCCUGCCAGCUCGAGGACAAAACACGCGUGCGCGCGGCGGGCGAGCGCGCUCGCCGCCUCAGUCGCCAGCGCCGGGCGCAGUCCGCCUUUUUCCGGAGUAGCCCGGCCGCGGUGCUAGUCGGUAGCAGCGGCCGCCGCAGCGGCUCCGCACUGGCGAACCGAGGGCAGAAAAAGGCGGGGUUCACGGCUCUUUGGUAGGAGUGGGCUGGACCGGACGCCAGAGACAAAGGCUCCCAAGGCAAGAGGGACUGUGGCCUUGCGUCGGCUCUGUUCGGGACUGCUGACCCCAGGACUUUACGCCCCUUCGUUUUUCUCUUCUGAUUCUUCUCUUCUCCCAAGCCCGCGUCCCCUCACGCGUGGCCUCUCUCCUUGCCGGGAGGGCCGCGAUGGAGGUCCCGCCCCGGCUUUCCCAUGUGCCGCCGCCAUUGUUCCCCUCCGCUCCCGCUACUUUAGCCUCCCGCAGCCUCUCCCAUUGGCGGCCGCGGGCGCCGCGGCAGCUAGCCCCGCUCCUCCCUUCACUCGCUCCCAGCUCCGCCCGGCAGGGGGCGCGCCGGGCCCAGCGCCACGUCACCGCCCAGCAGCCCUCCCGAUUGGCGGGCGGGGCGACUAUAAAGGGAGGGCGCAGGCGGCGCCCGGAUCUCUUCCGCCGCCAUUUUAAAUCCAGCUCCAUACAACGCUCCGCCGCCGCUGCUGCCGCGACCCGGACUGCGCGCCAGCACCCCCCUGCCAACAGCUCCGCCACUAUGGAGGAUAUGAACGAGUACAGCAACAUAGAAGAAUUCGCAGAGGGAUCCAAGAUAAACGCGAGCAAGAAUCAGCAGGAUGACGGUAAAAUGUUUAUUGGAGGCUUGAGCUGGGAUACAAGCAAAAAAGAUCUGACAGAGUAUUUGUCUCGAUUUGGGGAAGUUGUAGACUGCACAAUUAAAACAGAUCCAGUCACUGGGAGAUCAAGAGGAUUUGGAUUUGUGCUUUUCAAAGAUGCUGCUAGUGUUGAUAAGGUUUUGGAACUGAAAGAACACAAACUGGAUGGCAAAUUGAUAGAUCCCAAAAGGGCCAAAGCUUUAAAAGGGAAAGAACCCCCCAAAAAGGUUUUUGUGGGUGGAUUGAGCCCGGAUACUUCUGAAGAACAAAUUAAAGAAUAUUUUGGAGCCUUUGGAGAGAUUGAAAAUAUUGAACUUCCCAUGGAUACAAAAACAAAUGAGAGAAGAGGAUUUUGUUUUAUCACAUACACCGAUGAAGAGCCAGUAAAAAAAUUGUUAGAAAGCAGAUACCAUCAAAUUGGUUCUGGGAAGUGUGAAAUCAAAGUUGCACAACCCAAAGAGGUAUAUAGGCAGCAACAGCAACAACAAAAAGGUGGAAGAGGUGCUGCGGCUGGUGGCCGAGGUGGUACGAGGGGUCGUGGCCGAGGUCAACAGAGCACUUAUGGCAAGGCAUCUCGAGGGGGUGGCAAUCACCAAAACAAUUACCAGCCAUACUAAAGGAGAACAUUGGAGAAAACAGGUGUGUAUAAGAGUACAGGAAAACAGUAGAAAUGUCUAAUUUAAUUUAAAGAUCAAUAGACAAACGUAAAAACAAAAUACUAUGUAGCUUGUUCUUACUAAAUUGUUGAUUUUUUUUAAUUGCUUUAUGAGCCUGUUUUGCCUAAAGUGUCUAUAGAUCUUUAACUUUAAAGUCUUAUCUCACUUUCUUUAGUAUUGCAGAAAAACUUAAGAGUUUUUCUGUUUGCUUUUGUGUACCAGGUGGUCUAGAGGAAUAAUUAAACAUUUUAGAACUAUUAACAGGUAAAGUACUGAAAUGGGUACAACUUAAGGAAAACAAGAAUGUUGUCUUCUAACUCUGACAUUAUACCUUGUUUGUACCCGCCAGCGGGAACUUCAUUGCAGGCCGUGUGUCACCCUGACCACGUCUAUCUCUGGGGGUCGCACGUUGCGGGCAGAGCGCAAGGCAUACACCAGAAAACGCUGUCCUGUGGUAUGGUCUCUUCCAACUUCAUGUACCAGCGUAAAGAUUAAAGUGGAAAACUUCAGACUUUGGCUUCUUUUUUAAUCUUUUUGGAGAUUAAGUGUCUAAACUUAACUUAAAUGGUUUUUUACAGGAGUUAAAAUACAUAAAUGCCUUUUUACAGCUUAAUCAUUUUGGUCUUCUGUUUAGUGUUGUAUUUCAAUUGUGGAGCCUCAUUUUAAGUGUUCAUUCUUUUAAGAUUUAAUGCUUGCUUUUUCUUUUUAUAGCUAAUAGUGAAAUCUACAAACCAAAACAAGAACUUUUAAAUCUGGGAUAUAAAUUAAAGAUCAUAUGCACAAUUCAAUUUAUGUUCUUGUAAUAAGCUUAUUAGAAAUUGGUGUUUGUGAUAGCAUUUUACUUGGGUUACUAGAGAUGCUUCUAGUAGACCUUAAUCUAGCAUAGUUGAACCUGUGAAUAUGGGAAGAUUGUAUUCCCAGAUUCUUUCCUGAAUAGAUUUGAAUUUAUUAUUAUUUGGGAACUCCAGGGUGAGUUUAUUGACUACCCAAACUGUAUUUUGCCAAUAAAUAUGCAUAUGAUCUUUAAUUAUUGAAGAAAAGAAUAAAGUGAGGACUUAAAACAGUUCAUGAAAGUGGACCUUUAAAAGCUUGUCAGAGUUGCACAAAUCUAAUUGGUAUUUUGUUUUUGUUUUUAGGAGGAGAUGUUAAAGUAACCCAUCUUGCAGGACGACAUUGAAGAUUGGUCUUCUGUUGAUCUAAGAUGAUUAUUUUGUAAAAGACUUUCUAGUGUACAAGACACGAUUGUGUCCAACUGUAUAUAGCUGCCAAUUAGUUUUCUUUGUUUUUACUUUGUCCUUUGCUAUCUGUGUUAUGACUCAAUGUGGAUUUGUUUAUACACAUUUUAUUUGUAUCAUUUCAUGUUAAACUUCAAAUAAAUGCUUCCUUAUGUGAUUGCUUUUUUGCGUCAGGUACUACAUAGCUCUGUAAAAAUGUAAUUUAAAAUAAGCAAUAAUUAAGGCACAGUUGAUUUUGUAGAGAGUAUUGGUUCAUACGGAGAAACUGUGGUCCUUUAUAAAUAGCCAGCCAGCAUCACCCUCUUCCCCAAUUUGUAGGUGUAUUCUAUGCUCUUAAGGCUUCAUCUUCUCCCUGUUAAGUGAGGUUUCUACCACACCUUUGAACAAUGUUCUUUCCCCUCUGGUUAUCUGAAGACUGUCCUGAGAGGAAGACGUAAGUGUUGUGAUUAGUAGAAGCUUUCUAGUAGACCAUGUUUCUUCUGGAUUGUAAUAAAAUUGUUAGCUCCUUUUACUUUGUGCCUGUCUCUGGAAAGCCAUUUUUGAAUCGCUAAUUACUUUGGCUUUAAUCAGUGGUCACCUGGUAAAAGCUUUGUAAUCAUAACACAAUCACUUAAUUCUUGAUAAAAAUUCAGAUGCACACAGGAGCACUGUAAAACUGGUAGGAUCUAUGGUUUAAGAGCAUUUAAAGUAGUUAUAACUCAAGGAUUUUGGUAGAAAGGUAUGAGUGUGGUCAAAAGUUAGAUUAAAAUUUGAAAUAGUGGCAAAA